GUAAUAACGGAUGAAGAACCUCUCCCUACAAUCAUCUUACAGAAAUCAUUGGACAAAUUGUCACAGGCACUGAUCUCCACAUGGCAAACCAGUGUAGAGGGCCUGAAGAAAGACAUAAAGGAAUUGGGAUCUUGCACAGCACAGGUAGAAGCUAAAAUGGAAGAAAUA